GGGAUACUCCAGAACUUGUAAUCUUCAUAUUGGAGUCACAGACAGCCAAGGUUAUGUUUACGACUAUGAUGAAAAAGGGUUACAUCAGAGAUCAAUCUGGCCUGAGUGUUUGGUUGUUAUUUCAAACACUUGCAUGGAUCCUGUGCUAUGGGAAUACAAUGUUACAGCAUACUUGUGGACAGUCAGAUUUAUGGCUGGGAUUCAAGUACAACGAAAUGGAAUGGAACUGUUUUGAUUUUGUCCUGAAUUUCCUUCAGUUUUAUCCUGAAUUUGGCGCUGACAUGAGUAAAGAAAUGUUCUGUGAGAGAUUUUUGAAACAAAAAACAAAAAGAGCUGAGCAGUACAUUUACCUGUACCAGCAGGUUUCU